CCUCGCGAGAGAUGCGUGUCUCCAUGAUGCUUGGAGAGUGUCGCGAUCUCGUCAACGACGGAGACUUCUCAGAUGGUCGGCUUAAUCGUAAUCAAACAGUUUAUCUAAGUAAACAGACGUUAAUGGUUGCCCAAGCGCGCGCGCUCCAACAGCUACCGUGUCAACAAGCGUGGUCUUUUUCGGUUGCUACUGUUCGAAUUUACGUACAUGUGACUGUGAUUAUUUAAUGAUUUAGAACCGGAUCAGAGGAUUUUAUGUACUAUGGGAUUUAGUGAUAACAAAAUGAGUGAUUUGAACUUUCUGCCCAAAAAGCACACCAACUUCAGCAUUGAAAAUAUUUUGCUGAGAAAUACAACCGCUACCUCAAGGACAGCUGAAUUAGAACAAAAAGUGGAUCUUACGGUGAAGACGUGCAUCAAAUACGAAAAGGAUGACCUCAAAAUAUCUACCUCGGUGUUGUCGCCGUCGCCGGCCUCGUCGUCAUCGUCAUCUCAACCAUCCAAUCAACGUCCCCUGAAUCGUGUUCUAGCCAAUCCCUGGUGCUCCCGGGGAUCGUUAAUGUUUGACCCAAAGAUCAUCGUCAGUGCGAAACCAGCGACGGUCAUCGAGUCCACCGUCGCAGUAACGGCAGCAUCUACGGUAGCGUCGAUAGCGCCUUCCACCAGCAGUAGUCCAUUGAUACCGCUGAUAAAAACGGAAGUCGAGAGAAAAGUGAUGCUAAGCGCGUAUGCUAAUAGCAGUGUAAUUGAACGAAACCGAUUAUCUAUCAAUUAUCCCUAUCCGGUCGGGUUUUUCAAUACCUAUGCUGCUGCAGCAUCGAUAGCGGCCCAUCAUCAUCGACAGCAUCUGCCACAGCAGCAAAGUGUCACAGUCCCGACGGUCCUGAACAGCUUGUACCAAAUCGAGAAGAGUGAUGAAAACCAAAACAGUAUUUUCAGCGCCACGAGUAACAGUUCUGGCAAUGUGUGCACUAAUAGCAACAGUAGUGAUAUGCAUCCUUUCUUCGGAAUGGAUAAUGCAGAUAUUCUUGGAUACAGCAUAGCACCCAGAGAGGCAUCGCCCGUCGGCACUUUUACACUCGGCUUUUCGGAGUAUUCGUUUCAGUGUCAAAUCUGUGAUAAGAUUUUCGGCAGUCAAGAUACGCUGAUGACUCACGAGAAAACGCACAAAUCACCGCGCUUCGAGUGCGAGGAAUGCGGAAAAGGUUUCUCCCAGCUACGAAACUACAAGUACCACAUUUCCGUUCACCGUGGAACGAAGGAAUUCGCCGCCAAAUGUCCGGAGUGCGGAAAAGUAUUCAACGACAAGGGAUACCUCAGUAGCCAUUUGAAGAUUCACCGCAACAAGAAGGAAUAUGCCUGCCCGCACUGUCCAAAAUCGUUCAACCAGCGAGUUGCGUUCAACAUGCACGUUCGGAUUCAUACGGGUGUAAAACCGCACAAGUGUAACGAGUGUGGCAAGAGAUUUUCAAGGAAGAUGCUUUUGAAGCAACAUCUACGAACGCAUUCGGGGGAAAAGCCUUAUCAGUGCUCAGUAUGUGGGAAAAGCUUUGCUGACCGUAGCAAUAUGACACUGCAUCAUCGACUGCACUCCGGAAUCAAACCAUUCGCUUGCCCAAUCUGCCCGAAGGCAUUUACCAAAAAGCAUCAUCUGAAGACUCAUCUGAAUUAUCACACCGGCUACAAACCGUACAAGUGCCCCCACCCCAGCUGUGGUCAAACCUUUACGCAGUCUAGCAACAUGAGAACCCACGCGAAAAAGUGUCAAUUCAAACCGCCGGAUCAAGCAUGAUUGACGACAGUUAUCGAUGAGGUUUUUCGUUGAAAUCAAUUGCUAUGUAUUGUGAAUAUUUUUAUGCGAUUUACAUACUAUUUAUUUUACUAAGCCUUAGGUCAAAAUAUGCUCCAGCUGUUAUGGUAUUUCAAAAUCUAAAGGAGAUUUCUCAAAAUAAAGAUUCUCAGUAAGGAAUAG